ACAUGGGUCAGGACCUUAACAUCUGUCAGACAUUCUAUUCUUAGAAAAGCUCUGUCCAGGCCGGCGCAGCUCAGUAGGCAGAGUGCUUUGGACUCAAUUGAUAAAGCGCUUAUAGCUAAGUGGGUAGAGCACUUGCCCAGUAUGCACUGAGCCCUGGGUUAAUACCCAGUAUCACAUAAACUGUGUGUUACGGUGCGUGCCCAUCAUCCCAGCACUCAGGAGGUGGAGGCAGGAGGAUCAGGGGUUCUGGGUCAUCUUCAGCUACAUAAGGAGUUGGAGUCUAGCCUGGCCUAAUAAGAACCUUCCUCAAACAGGCCUCAAAAAAAAAAAAAAAAACCACUCAGAACCCUCAGGCUGUUGCUGGCUUUACAGUGCCCUUCAGGGGCCCCCUCAUGACCAUCUCCUGCCCAGGCCAGAGGUCUAAGACGAAAGACAGAGUGCAGUUUGCAUCUGAGGGGUGAUACCCCUGGUGUGGGUUCAGGAGGCCCUGUGGGCACACCUGCCCUGGACAGAGUGGCCUGCUGGCCACUUGGACACCGAUGUUGCUGUCACUGAGGUGGCAGCUUGUGUGGGGCAAGGGCAGCUAUCUGGGAGUCCCCUCUGGAAACCCCAACUUCGCUCUGGGGGGUCCAGGUCAACCCAGUCUCUUUUUACAUGGUGAGCUGGUGGGGGCGUCACAUGACACUGUGGGCCUUGCAGGAUACAGUGUGUAUUUCCAUGGGUCCCAAAGGGGAGGCUGGGGUUGUGGGGUAUAGAGGGAGAAGGGACAGGGCUCAGGGCUCAGGACUCCAGGACUAUAGAAUCUUCCAGAGCAGCAGACAGGCAGGCAGAAGGGUGGCUGAGGAGGAAGUCUGGCUGGCCAGAGGAAAUGUGAUAGGAUUGAGGUUGUGCAAAGGCAGCCGGCGUGUUGGGUUUGUAGAGGGCAGGAGACAGGGCAGGUGGCGGUAUGUACCAGCUGAGACAGGACCAGGAGGAUCCAAGUGAGAUGGGCUUCAGCCCCAAGCACAAGUGGUCUGUGGGAUCCAGGCCACUCCUGGGUGCAAACCAGUGAGAGCAAUACACAGAGCCCUUUGGGGUUUGGAUAUGUUGACAUUUCUUUAUUGUGGUAAGCUUUGCAGUGUGCAAUGUACUGUCAUAAAGCAAGCAGACCAGUGGCUCCCAUAUCUUAAGUUAUCCAAAAUUACCACUAAUCCCAGAACAUUCCAUCAGCAAAGAGAAGCCCCUGCCCCCUCCCCAGCCGCAGCAUCCACUUCCCAUCUCUGGCUUGUCAUUUCCUCUCAUGGAGCCCCACUCUGUGGCUCCUUGUGUCUCAAUGUGAUGUCCCCAAGGUCCCCUCCAUGCCUUGGAGUGUGUAGAGGCCCCACUUCUGUUCAGGGCUGAGUAGUACUCUUGUGUGGAUGGGCAGGGAAGCUGAGGUUCACCUUGGCCCUGGUGGUUCCAGCCUCACACCAGAGAGGGAGAUGAGGUCAUGAGGACCAGAGCUGCCCACCUCCUCAUUGCUAGGACACCUUUGUCCCUGUCAACAGUGGCCCUACAGCCCUGGUGACCAGAGUCUAGGAACACAGAGGCAGUCAUGGAGAACCUGAGGCGGGAGGCUGCCUGGCGCCACGUCCCCUCAAGAACCCUCGGACUCCACUUUCCCCGUCCUCUCUACAGCGAUGACUACCUGUCCCUGGAGGGGCACCGCUGGGCACCAGCUAUCAGUCAGGCUAGCUGGAAGUACACACCCAUGGGCCACAAUGCAGCCGGCCAGCUGUGCUACACCAGCCUGACCACAGAUGACCCACAAGAGACCUGGUUCACACUGCUGAGGUCACCGUCACCGCACAGUCCACACCGCAAGCCCCAUGCUCAAUGGCUCAGCUGCUUCCAGCAUCGCCAGCAUGGUCUACCGCCAGGAUCCACCCAGCACCUAGGAGAAGCGACCAUCCAUGAGCCCGUGGUCCCUGUGCAGUACCACAGUCCCAACACAUGGUGGGGGAGUACGCUAUGGAGGGACAGGUCUAUCCUCGGCAAGGAGUACAUGGUCAACAGGAACCGAUUCGGGGCAGAGCCCCACUGGCCCUGGCAGGCGUCUGACUAUGUGGCUCACUUGUCUGCGCCACAGCGGCCACGCUACACCACGCAGAACUUCCACCACUGGGACCUGGAGCCAUACUGCCCUGCUAUUGGGCAGCAGCCAGCCCUGGCCUUCACACCCGCACUCUGAUAAAGCUCCUGCUGCAGACCAGGCUCUUUGUCUGA